GUACCGUUCAGAGCUCUUGGCACCGUGUGCUGGAAUUUGGCAAAUAAGUGUGUCAUCAGUAAUUCAUUUAUUUUAGACGAUCCAGACCUGAAAGAUAUUGACCCCACGGUAUUAAAACAUUGCCAUGCUGCGGCUGCAACGUGUAUUCUGGAGGCAGGAAAGCAGAAAGCCGACAUAUCUGCUAUCAGCACAUGUCUAGAAGACUGUAAACUGGAUAAAGAGAGAAUAGAACAGUUUUGCACCGAAUAUCAGAAAAACAAGGAUGCAUUGGAAAUCCUGUUGGGAAGCAUAGGCAGAUCUCCUCUCCAUAUCACUGAUGUGUCUUGGCGCUUGGAAUAUCAGAUCAAGAGCAAUCAACUUCAUAAAACUUACCAGCCUUCCUACUUGGUGACCUUAAACAUAGAGAACAGUGAUUCGGGAUCACACCCAGAUGUUAGUUUUAGUUGCACGAUGGAGCAAUUACAGGAUUUAGUCGGAAAACUAAAAGAUGCUGCAAAAAGUCUAGAAAGAGCAACUCAGAUGUGAUUGAAGGAAGGUGUCAGCCUGCCGAGCUGAAGAACUCCGAUUCCUGAGAGUGUCUUCUCAAUGACAAAUGUCUUUCAUCUCUUGAUGCAAACUGUUCUUUUUUUUUUUUUAAGUCCUUGGAGGGGAAUUAAGGGAAAUAACUGUUUUUUAUGACCACACUUGGUAUUCCUCGAUCCUGUCUUUUUUUUUUUUUAAUUAACUCUUGUUAAACAUUUGGCUAACUGUCGUUGUCUUCAAAGCAUUCCUUCUAUUUUCUCUUGUGUAUUUUUAGAAUUGUCACUGAUUAUUUUUCUCGGGGUU